AUGAAAGUACAUUUAUUAUUAGUCAAAAAACAAUAUCGAAUGAAAUAUUACAAAGACUUGAUGAAAGAAAAAAUCAAUCAUGAUAUUAUUUGUUCUGGAAUAUCAAUUCUAUUAACUAUUUAUAAACAAGUAUCUAUUAUUUUUGCAUGGCAACUUGAUCAAACAUUACUUAAUGGAAAUAAUGAUGAUUUAGCAUUGAAACAAAAUGAAGAACUUAUAUGUGGAACAUUAUCACGUAUUCUUCAAACAAUUCAAAAUUCAUCACCAUAUUUUCAUCCAUUUGUAUAUGUUCUUACAGAUCAUGCUCAAUUUAAUAAUGAUUCGAAUCUUAAUAUAAUUCCAUCACCAUUUAUUGGUCUUGCACGAAGUUUAAUAACUGAAUAUGAACGACAUCGAUUCAAACUUAUUGAUCUUCAAACAUCAUUAAAUAAUAAUAAUCAGUCAGCAUUUAUUCAUACUUUAGUAGAAUAUAUGAUUAAUUCAAGAUAUUCAAGUGAUACUUGUGAAGUUGUUCUUCGUCUUAAUGAUACAAAUCAAAAUCAAGUUCAACAUUUAACAUGGCAUUAUGAAAUGUUACAAAAACCUGUUGAUCAUGAACAGGAGAAAUCUGAAUUAGAACAAAUUUCUAUUAUUCCUAAACGAGAUGCUGUUCAAAAACCAUUUCGUCUUUGUGUACCACAAUCUCGUUUUCUUUCUGAAUUAACAUGGAUUGAAGAAGAGAGAGAAAAAGAAUUAUUACCACCAGGUAUGGUUGAAAUUCGUGUUCAUUGUGUUGGUAUUAAUUUUCGUGAUGUACUCAAAUCACGUGGUCUUUAUCCACAUACGCGUCCUUUUGCACAAUCUGAUGAAAAUCAACCAAAACUUGAUCGAGAUACAGAACCAGGUUCAAAUUUUGUUGAUACUAUUAUACGUGUAGGUCCUACAACAACUAAUUUUCAAGUUGGUGAUCAUGUUAUAGGUGCUACUAGUCUUGGUGCAUAUCAUUCUCAUAUUAUGAUUAAUUCACAACUUAUAAUACGUAUUCCAUCUAACAUUCCUCUUACUGAUGAACAAUUAUGUGUUCUUAUUCAUGCUGCAACAGGUGCUGCAGGUCAAUGGUGUAUUCAAUAUUGUCAAUAUAUUGGUGCUCGUAUUUUUGCUACAGCUGGAACUGAAGAAAAACGACGUUUUCUUCGCGAACAUUAUCAUAUUGAGCAUGUAUUUAAUAGUCGAGAUACUUCUUUUGUUAAUAAUAUACGUGAAAUUCUUCCACAAGGUAUUGAUGUUAUUAUUAAUUCAUUAUCAGGUAAUUUACUCAAAGAAUCAAUUAAAUUAUUAGCAUAUAAUGGUCAUUUUGUUGAAUGGCAUUGCAGUUUUCAUGUUAUUGAUUUUAUAGCACUUACUGAUCAUAUAUUACCUCUUAUUCGUCUUAUGUCAGAAGAAGCAAUUGAUUUAUUUAUUCAACAUAAAUUACGUGUUGUUGAACCAACAGUUACUGGUCAAGUUAUGGGUAAAACAAUUAUUCGUAUAACUUCAUCUGAUCAACCAUUAAUUAUUAGUAGAGAACAAUCUAAUAGUAUAUUAAAAGUUGUAAGUGAUAAUACAAUGUUUUCAUCAGAAGUUUGUAAUGAAGGAACAAUUUUAAUAUCUGGUGGUUUUGGUGGUCUUGGUUUAACAAUGUCUCGAUGGAUGAUUGAACAACGAGGUGUUAAACAUAUAGCACUUAUGAGUCGUCGAACAUUAGUUGAACUUGAAAAACCUUCGAAUCCACAAAAUGAUGAUUGUGCUGUUGUUGCAGAAGAUCGCACUUUAAAUAAUUUAACACAAGAACAUUUAUCAUUUGUUUUACCACCAAAAGUUCGUGGUGCAUGGUAUCUUCAUCAAGCUACACAACUUCUUCAUGCACCUAUUCAUUUUUUUAUUAUGUUCUCAUCAAUUCGAAAUCAUUUACUUGAAGUUUCAUCUGCUGGUUAUAAUGCCAGUAAUCAAUUUCCUGAUGCACUUGCUCAUUAUCGUUUUACAAAAUUUACUUUAUCAGCACUUUCAAUUAGUUUACCAGCUGUAAAUGGUGCUGGAAUGUUUCAUCGUCAUAAAGAAAUGCUUAGUACUUUGAAAUUUACACAAGGUUUUGAAUUAAUGCCAACAAUAACUGUAUUCGAAUUAACUGAAUUUUUUCAUCAAACUCAAAAGAUUUGUUCAUGUCCUGUUAUUUUUGCUGUUAAUUGGCAAACAUUACAUCGAAAUUAUUUAACAUUAGCUACAUCUUAUCUAAGAAAAAUAGUUGAUCAACGUUAUAAAGAGAUGAAAUUUGAUCAAAUAUCAUCAUUAUCAUUAUUAGAAAAAACUAAUUCAACUGAGUCUAAUAUGAAUAAAAAAGAAACUAUUAUUGAACGAACUCAAUCAGCUAUUGCACGAUUAUUAGGUGCAACUAGUGUUGAUCGUAUAGUUAUUGAUCGUUCACUUGUUAGUCAAGGUAUGGAUUCAUUAGCUGCUGUUUCAUUAUAUAAUUGGUUAGGUCAAGAAACUGGCAUUUAUAUAUCAUUAACUGAUCUUCUUCAAGGACUUUCAAUUGAAACGAUUGCAACACUUGUUUAUAAUAAACUUAAUGAAAAAGAACAAACAAAAUCAUCAGCUGCAAAAGAACAAGAUUCAGAUUUUGAUUUAGUUAAUGAAAAUGAAGUUCAAUUUUCUAAUACAUCAACAUAUACUGGUUUAGAAAAUAUUAUUUGUCUACGUCGUUCGAAUCAAAAUAAUACUUCAACUCUUUUUUGUAUUACUCAAAUAUCAAAUGAUAAUAAUAAUGAAGAUUUAUUUACAUUAUUUAUUCAGAAAUUAUCUAAUCAAAAAAAUAAAAUAUCAUCAAAUGAUAUGUAUGCUUUACAAAUAUCAUCAUCUCUUUCUUCAUCCUCUAUAUCUACAUAUGCUCAAAAUCUUAUUACACAAAUGCGUCGUAUUCAAUCAUGUGGAUCUUAUCAAAUAGUAGCUAUUAGAAAGAAACCAGAAGAAACUAUUGCUCAUGAAAUGUUAGAACAACUGAAAAUACAUUGA